CCGUGCGGAAUCUGCGGCGGCCGUUGGCCGUUGGCGCGGCUUGGGCGGUUGUCUUGGAGAAGCAAGAUGGCGGCGACGGCGGCCGCGGUGGUGCCGGAGGAGGACACGGAGCUGCGAGACCUGCUGGUGCAGACGCUGGAGAACAGCGGGGUCCUGAACCGCAUCAAGGCUGAACUACGAGCAGCUGUGUUUUUAGCACUAGAAGAGCAAGAAAAAGUAGAGAACAAAACUCCUCUAGUCAAUGAGAGCCUGAGAAAGUUUUUAAAUACAAAAGAUGGCCGGCUGGCGGCUAGUCUUGUUGCAGAGUUUCUCCAGUUUUUCAAUCUUGACUUCACCUUGGCCGUUUUUCAGCCUGAAACCAGCACCGUAAGAUUUCAAGGUCUUGAAGGCCGAGAGAAUUUAGCCCGAGAUCUAGGUAUUAUUGAAGCAGAAGGUACUGUGGGUGGACCUUUAUUAUUAGAAGUGAUCAGACGUUGUCAACAGAAAGAAAAAGGGUCAACCAAUGGGGAGGGUGCACUAGAUCUAUCUGAUGCACAUUCUCCACCAAAGUCACCAGAAGGCAAAACAAGUGCACACAGUGCUCCCAGUAAGAUACCAAGGUAUAAAGGACAAGGUAAGAAGAAGACAAGCGGGCAGAAGUCUGGUGCCAAGAAGGCCAGCAAUGAUGCUAGUCAGAGUGAUACAAGCAUCUCAUCAGCAGAACCAAAGAGCAAAAGCAGCCUCCACUUGCUGGCCCAUGAAACAAAAAUUGGAUCUUUCUUAAGUAACAAAAAUCUAGAUGUCAAAGACAAAGCUGGUCUUUGUCCAGAUGGUGAUAUGGAAGGGGAUUCUUUCUUUGAUGAUCCCAUUCCUAAACCAGAGAAAACUUAUGGUUGGAGAAGUGAACCUAGUAAGCAAGCAGGAAGCCUUGCAUCACUCUCUGAUGCGCCCCCUCUGAAAAGUGGACUCAGCUCCCUUGCUGGAGCCCCCUCACUGAAAGACUCUGAAAGUAAAAGAGGAAACGCAGUGUUGAAAGAUCUGAAACUGGUCAAUGAUAAAAUUGGAUCGCUCGGGUUAGGCACUGGAGAGGAAGAUGACUACAUUGAUGACUUCAACAGUACCAGCCAUCGAUCAGAGAAAAGUGAGCUGAGUAUUGGUGAAGAGAUCGAAGAAGAUCUUUCUGUGGAAAUUGAUGACCUCAAUACCAGUGAUAAAGUGGGUGUGCGCGUUGCUUGCCGAGUGCCAUCUUGAUGACCUGACACAGGACCUGACUGUGUCCCAGCUCAGUGAUGUUGCGGAUUAUCUGGAAGAUGUUGCAUAGCCGUGAAGGAAGGAAGUAUUCUAAUCAACAAAGGACAAAGGACUCUGAUCAGUUCCAUUUUUUUUUCCCAGACAAUCACUCUUUGUUGGAAUGUCUGCUCCCUAUUGGUGCCUUGUGUUUCAAAAAGACUGCAGAUAUUUUUAAAAAUUAAGUUUUCAUUAUACUAAACAAAAUGCUUCCUACUUGAGCCCAUGUAUGGAAGAUAUGAUAUACUUGAUUUGAUUUGGCUACACAUUUCUCUGUGGAAAUUUGAUUAUCUACAACUCAAAUUCAUUACAAGGACUGAACCCAUGAAAGUAUGAGUAUUAAGAGCUUACUGAAAAGUGUCAAUAAAGCUGUAGGUUACACAA